AAAACCGUAAAGUUUAGUGAAAAUCUCUUGUGCAUAAUGGAUAUUUAGAAAGGAAAAAAAGUGUCUACAGAUAUUUUCCAACUGGUGUGAUCCACUUGAAAAGAAAUGCACCCAAGCAAAUGGUGUCAGAGGAUGAAAGGGUGCUAAUGAUGUUUGACUUCAGAACCUGCCUCCUAGACUUGAUUCGUGGCGUCCAGGUGAGCCCCAAGCCUAAGAAGAGUCUCAAGGAAAUGUCCACGCGGUACUCCAGCAACUUCAUGCAGAAGUACAACGACGUCAACAUCAUCCAUUUCAAUGAGAACAUGUCCAUGGCCAGCAAGGGCAGUACUCUCAAAUUCUCACCAAGAACCAGAGUUCCCGGAGCCUUCAGGACCAGUCCAAUUAGCAACAGUUUCUCCAUUCGCAGCAAAUCUGGGAGUAUCUUCGACGGAGCCUGUUACGAAUUUAGCUCAGACGAUCGCGGAACGGACGACACUCUAACGUCCUGCACGGAAGACACGGAUGACGGAGAAGACGGUGGCAGAUUGAGUGACGCCAGAGCCACUGCCAACGGAUCAAUGGACUCCUUCUGCACUCUCUGCACUUCCAGCUUCAGCUUCAACAACUGCAAUGCCUGCGAAGGAAGUGCCUGCAGCUCCAAAUGCAGCGCAGACAGCAAUUGCUUCUGUUGCCUCGAUCGCAGCAUCGGAAGAACCACGGUGGGGUGCAGCGAUCCAAUUGAGUCCAGAACCCACUCCCAUCUGGACUCAACAUCCCAAUCCCCAACCAUGCCGUCCGUGGAACGUCCGGCCGGUGGUGCCCUUGCCCUUCACUAUGCAGCAGCACGUGGAUGCCUCGAUUGCGUCCGGCUGCUAGUGGAAGCAACUCCGGACAUCAGUGCCAACACGCAGAUGGACAACGACGUGACUCCUGUUUAUCUAGCAGCUCAGGAGGGUCAUCUGGAGGUGCUGAAGUUUCUUGUACUGGAAGCCGGAGGGUCACUCUAUGUUCGUGCUCGCGAUGGAAUGGCUCCCAUUCAUGCGGCCUCUCAGAUGGGAUGCCUCGACUGUCUCAAGUGGAUGGUUGAGGAACAGGGAGUUGAUCCAAAUCUUCGGGACGGCGAUGGAGCCACUCCAUUGCAUUUUGCAGCCUCUAGAGGACACUUAUCAGCUGUUCGAUGGCUCCUCAAUCACGGUGCUCGUCUGUCGCUGGAUAAAUAUGGAAAGAGUCCAAUUAACGAUGCUGCUGAGAAUCAGCAAGUUGAAUGUCUCAAUGUAUUGGUGCAGCACGGAACCACACCGGAUCAUCACAAUUCGGAGGGGAAUUACCGGCAAAAGGCCAGCAAGAAAUACAACAAUGGCUACUACAAACAGUCGCAACAUCACAUGGCCAGCAAUCAGAACCACUCGGAGCGCCACAAAGUCACAUCAAAGUCCUCCUCAGCUCACAGUUCAGACACCGAACCAUUCUAUCUGCAUCCGCCAACAGUACGUCAGGAUGGUGUCUAUACAAGAUCCCGAUCACCUCCGGAUGCAUCUUCAGUCUAUGGACCUGUUGUGCCCAAUGACGGGCUCUAUGUCAAUCCCAUGCGCAAUGGAUCACUGACACCUCCGAGUCCAGGAGGCAGUAUUUCUGGUGAAUCUUUCUAUCUGCAUGAUCCGCAAGAAGUCAUCUACAACAGGGUGAAGGAUCUCUUUGAUUCAGACAGCAGCAACAAAGAUGGCAGCACAGGCGGAGGAUCACAUCCAAAUGCCUUGACAGUCCAAGUGGAGGUUCACUCCAGCAGCAGUGGAGCUGGAAGUGGCUCCGAGGAGAGUCUGUCAGUGGCAUCAUCGGCUUCAGAUACGGCUCCCGCAAUUCCUUCGUUGAAUCGUUCUGGCGGAGCCAAUAAUACAGCCACGAGUGGUCACGAUCAUGACUACGAGGAUAUUUAUUUGGUGAGGGAGGAGGCUCAUGGGGCAUCCCCAAAGAGCACAGCAGGACCAAAGGGGGCCCAGGGAAGGAGUCGCUCACGCGACAGUGGGUCACACAGUCGUUCGGCGAGCGCUAGUUCCAACCAUAGCAAUGACAUUGUGGUUCAGUACUCAGGUGGCGGAUGCAGCAAUAUCAUCAAGAAACGCAAUAUCCUAAAGGACUCAACGGCUGCCAAGGGAAAGUAUGAUAUACCACGGAAGACCACUGAAGUGUACAACUCUAAGAACUUUUCGGGUAGCAAGAGCAGCUCACCUGUGUUGAAGAAUGACACUUACGAGAGCGUUUGCUCGCCGGAGGAUACACAGGAAAGACUAAAGAUGGCUCAAAGGCAUCAGGGAGCUACCAAGGGGACACCUGCAGGAGGAGGGAGUGUGAAUGGGGCAAGGCAGCUUCUCAAGAGAGUUGUCUCGGCGCCGAUUACUAACAAUGAAACUAAAGUUGUUGGUCCACCUCCGCCGCCACUUCCACCCCCUCUCAAGGCACCUAACCAUUCCACCAGCUGCAGCAACAACUCCCAGUCAUCCACCAUGUCCACCACCACGGGCUCCUCCAAUUCCAUGGACGCUCAGCCGGUGGCGAAUGAGGUGGAAAGCCCUCCGGACUCGGACUCUGGCCUCGAGGUGGUUGAGGAGCCAACUCUCAGACCUUCGGAUCUCGUGCGCGGGAAUCACAAUCGCAGCAUGUCCACGGUAUCUGCAAAUAAGAAAGCCAAAUUGAUCAACGGCAGCGGCAGCAACUUCGAGGAGAGUCAGUGUUAUUCACAUCUUGGCGGUGAACGGCCCAGCUCGCGUCCAGGUGGACCAAAUCUCGUCAAUAAACAGCUUGUGCUGCCAUUUGUGCCGCCCAGUUUCCCUAAUGGGUCAAUGUUGGACGGCUCAAAUCACCUGAUCAAACCAUCCGAGUAUCUCAAGUCUAUCAGUGAUAAACGGUCCAGUGCAUCCUCAGCGAGGUCCACGGACACGGAGGAUUACAUGCAGCUGUCGCAGACUACAUCACCACUGCCUCCAGCUGUUCCGGAACCACCUCGACCUCCGCCACCGCCACCGGCGCCCCCGCUGCUGGUCGCCGUGCCACCCAAACAGGCCCCAUUGCAACCCUCAGCCCCAGACACGGCCACCAGGAAGCAGCAGCAACCCCUGUCGGCCAUCUCCAUUCAGGAUCUCAACAGUGUUCAAUUGCGUCGAACAUCGGACAAAAUGCUGGGAAAGACUUUUUCAGCUCCCACCCGGAGCAUGAGUAUGCAAUGCCUCUCCAGCACAAAUGAGUCCUUCCUGUCGCAAAAAACUGACCUAAUUGCAGAGUUGAAAUUGAGCAAGGAUAUCCCUGGGAUUAAGAAGAUGAAGGUGGAACGUGCCAAGAUGGAAGAUCGACAUGAGAAGGAGCUGUAUAUGGAUAUUUCAAAGCAAUUCACAGCUUCGAAUUUUGUGGAUCAGAAAUGUUUGCAGGUGCCGGAGAAGGAUCAGGCGGGGAAUAUCAUUCCGGACUGGAAGCGUCAGAUGCUGGCCAAGAAGGCGGCAGAGCGUGCCAAGAAGGAGUUUGAGGAACGAAUGGCUCGUGAGGCGGAAGAUCGAAGACUUCAGGCAAUUCCACAGUGGAAGAGGGAUCUGCUGGCCAGACGAGAGGAAGCGGAGAAUAAACUAAAAGCUACCGUUUACACACCACGAGUGGAAGAGAGUUCGAGGCUGUCCAACAGCUGGAGACUCGCCCAGAGAGCCAUGUCCAUUGACAACAUCAGCUUCCUGCCAAGUGGAACUGAUGACAAGACGCUGAGCAACAAGGAGAACACCAAUGGCCACGAGGAGUCCCCAGCAGUCAAUGGGACUUCCAUGAAUGGAUCAAUCGAGCAGAAUCUGCACAAAGAUCAAGCACAGCAGGAUGAGAAUGAAAAUAUAAUUCCAUGGCGAGCGCAAUUGAGGAAAACCAACAGUCGACUCAGUCUAAUUGGAUAAGACGUUGUGAUUUUUUGUAGGAAAGAGAAAUAUUGCUGUUUUUUUGAAAGUGAAAAAAAAUCGAAUAUCAAAGAUAAGUUGCAAUAUUAGAAGUUAAAAAUUAUAGGGAAGAUUUUAAAAUACAUUGUACAUCAAGCUCUUAUUCAUACCGUUUUCUCUAACAAUAACAUUUAUUAUAUUAUGUGAUUUUCUCGAUAAUUAUUAUACUAUUAAAAUAAAGUAAAAUAAAACAAAAAAAAAACAAUUUUGAGAGACAGAACAAGCGAAAACAGAAAAUGGAGGAAAAACUACUGUAACAAUUUUUUGUAAUAUAGUGGACGAAUGCUUAAUCAUUUGUAAUGUUUAAACGUAAAUAACUACUAUUAUUGGGCGGGGUACAGUAUAUGAUGUGUAAUUUUAUAUAGAUGAAAAAAAACAACAUUAGCAUGUAAAUGAUUGUUGCAAUAAAGUGAGAUAUUUCUUGAAAGUA